CUCCCGGCUCCCGCUUCGCGACGCAUGCAGCUCCGCCCCGCCUCCAAUGGCGCCGCUCCCACUCCCCAUUCCCGCCAUCACGAGCCCCCACCCUUCCAAACCGCACGACGCGCCGGCGCCGGGGCCGAGGCCCGCCGCUUCCUCCCUCCACGCCGCGCUCGGCUCCCUGUCCCAGCACGCCCACUACGGCGCCCUCCGCGACGCGUUCGCGCUUGUCGCCCACGCCGAGCGCCAGUCCUCCCCGGCCGCCGCCGUCUCGGUGGGGCCGGAGGUGUACGCGUCGCUGCUCCAGUGCUGCGUCGCGGCCGGGUCCCUCCGCGCGGGCCGCCAGGUGCACGCGGCGCUCGUCAAGCGCGGGCCCUACUACUGCCGGAACGCGUACGUCGGCACCAAGCUCGCCGUCUUCUACGCCCGCUGCGGCGCGCUCGCCGACGCCGAGCGCGCGUUCAGCGCGCUCCCGGGCAGGGACAGGAACGCCUACGCGUGGGCGGCCGUCAUCGGGCUCUGGAGCCGCGCGGGGCUGCACGCCAGGGCGCUCGACGGGUUCGCGGCCAUGCUCGAGGCGGGCGUCCCCGCGGACAACUUCGUCCUGCCCACCGUGCUUAAGGCGUGCGCGGGGCUCGGGCUGUUCCGUGCCGGGAGGGCAGUGCACGGGUACGCGUGGAAGGCGGGGAUCGCGGAGUGCGUGUACGUGAUGAGCAGCCUCGUGGACUUCUACGGGAAGUGCGGACAGGUGGAGGACGCGAGAGGGGUGUUCGACGCAAUGCCGGAGAGGACCGUGGUGAGCUGGAACUCGAUGCUCAUGGCGUACAUACACAAUGGCGGGAUCGAUGAGGCCGUGGAGCUGUUCUACGAGAUGAGGGUUGAGGGCGUGCUGCCGACGAGGGUCAGCGUUGUGAGCUUGCUGUCCGCAUCCGCAGAGCUUGAUGUUGUUGAUGGGGGCAGGCAGGGCCAUGCUGUAGCCGUAUCGAGUGGGUUAGAGAUUGAUGUGAUUCUGGGUAGCUCAAUGAUCAACUUCUACUGUAAAGUUGGGUUGGUGGAGGCUGCAGAGGGGGUGUUUGAGCAGAUGGAAGAGAGAGAUAUUGUCACUUGGAAUUUGAUGAUUGCUGGUUAUUUUCAGAAUGGGCAGAUUGACAAGGCUUUCGACACUUGUCGAAGAAUGCUGGAGACCAACCUCAAGUUCGAUUGCGUGACAUUGGCAUCCAUUAUCAUGGCUUGUGUAAAGUCUUGCAGUAUGAUGGUGGGCACAGCUGCUCAUGGUUACGCAAUCAGAAAUGAUCUUCAUUCAGAUAGGACUGUUGCUUGUGGCUUGAUAGACCUGUACGCGAGUACUGGGAGGAUUGAACAUGCACGUAAAGUGUUCAAUGCCAUGAGUCAGAGAGACCCAGUCCUGUGGAAAGUGAUGAUUUCCACUUAUGCAGAUCGCGGCAUGAAUUCUGAGGCUCUGAAGCUUUUGGAUCAGAUGCAGCUCGAAGGCAUGUCCCCAACUGCAGCAUGUUGGGAUUCAGUAAUUUCAGCUUUUAUACGAAAUGGCCAGUUCGAAGAUGCUCUAGACAUAUUCAACCAGAUGCUUCUGACUAAAACACGCCCCAAUCUGCGCACUUGGAGCCUAUUAAUAAGUGGCUUAGCCCAAAAUGGCAUGCAUCAGCAGGUAACAAAUCUAUAUUUCAAGAUGCAGGAGGUAGAGUCAGCACCCAGUCCAACUAUCUAUUCAGCAGUGAUCCUUGCUGUUAAACUUGUGGCUUCUGUACAUUGUGGAAAGGCAAUUCACGCUUGCGUUGUUAAAAAGGGCCUGUUAUUGUCCAAAUCCGUGAUACAAUCGCUUCUGAACAUGUAUAGUAGUUUCGAUGAUGGAGGCACGACGGACAGUUUACUAAGAUUGCUUGCUGAAUGCAGUAAAUAACAGAAAAUGGUCCCGACAAUGUGACACAUACAGCUAUAAAUUAUUAUAUAGCAUUGCACAUAUGGAAAUCAUUCAUUUUUGUCAUCGGUGUGAUUGCGAAGUAAAUAUCCACUGUCGCUAACAUAUACAGGUUUAUGUGCAGUAAAAUCAAUAGCAUGCUUAUGUUGACAUCUCUGAUAUGGUAUCGAGCCUGCAUCCGAAUCAACAGGAAUUUUCUAUAUGUCAGAAAGUUCCAAUCAGAAAAUGAGCACCAUGUAGAGCCCGGACCAGCAAGAAAACAGUGUUACUGUUUGUGUUGGCACAGAGCUCGCUCUGAAGGCUUACAGAUUUUCCAGAUCUUCAACUCUUUCUAUUCUCCUGUGAUAAGCAUCAAACUUACAUCGUUGGCUGUAAUUCCUUGCAUGUUCAGCUUACGAGGUCUGAACAAGAAGCGUCCCAACUUUCAGAAAUGGCUUAUGUUGACAUCUCUGAUACAGAAUGGAGUCUGGAUCUGAUUUUAUGGCCAUUUUCACGAGGUCAGAAGGUUCCAAUCAGAAGACGGGCAUCUUGAAGAGCUGGAGCAGCGUGCAAACAGUGGCGCUGUUUGUGCUGGCACAGAGCUCCUUCUGAAGUUUGCAGCUAUAGAUGUUUGAAUUAUUUGCUGAAAAAGGAGUAACUGUUUGGCUUAUGAAACCUAUAUCAUGUUGACUGUUGUGAAAUGUGCUGCGCUUGUGAUGGCUGUCCAGCUUGCUGAAUUUGGGAUCAGACUGUGCACUCUUUGCUGGCCCCUUUUGGGAAUUUUAGAAGACAAGGUUGGCCUAGAUGCUGUGGGCUGAUUACGGAUUGUCCUGUUACUCUCCCUACAAUAGAUUGACUGUACAUCCAUGCUCUGAACUAUAAUAAAGGACUGGAAGGAUUGCAAAAA